ACACCAAAAAUACCUCCACCAUCAAAAAUCCCCAACAAACUUCUUCUUCAUCUCCCCCAUAUUUCAAACACAACACAAACCAUUUUCACACAUCAUUUCAUUUCAUUUCCCCCAAUUUCCACCAAACCCUAGCCAUGUUAAUCCGCCAUUAACGGCACUCGGAGGAAAUCUCCACCUUAUUCCGCCAUUAACGCCACUCGGAGGAGCUCAUCACAUGGCCGCCGCUUCCUCCUCGCAUCGGCUAGGGUUUUCCGUUUCUCCUAUACCUCAAAUCAACGAUUGUUGAACAACAAAUUGAACACAAUUUGAAUACAAAAUGGCUGUAGGAAAAGGUGGAGUGUAUGAGAAGUUACGGCGGUUUAUACGGACGAUGCAUUUCUUAAUUGUGAUGCUUGCGUCGUUGUUGAUAUUAUGGCUACCGGUUUUGGUUGCGGUUGGGGAUGUAUUGGUUCCUUAUGUUUUGAUUUCGAGUUUUGUUUGUGUUAGAUGUUAUAGUUUGAAGGAGCAUUUGUGUCGGUAUGAUUUCAGAAGCUCGUUGAUCGAUGUUCCCGUUGUUUCCGCUCUUCGAUCGCUCGUGAUUACAUGUGUUUAUAUGAUGUAUGAUGGCCCUGUGAUCUCACACGCGCAAUAUCUUGGAACAGUGACACUAUGUUCCAUAUUUUCGAUUAUCGUUUUAUCAGUUAAAGCAUGUGUUUUCAGUGUAAAUUCCCAGUUUGAGGCCGAAAAUUCUUCUUCUCUUAUAAAGCAAAGGCUUCAUAUGAAGAAAUCAUGGGGAAUGAAUGUACUGUUUUUAUCGUCUGUGGUUUUUGCUCUUGGGCAUACAGUUAUUGCUUAUAGAACAAGUUGUAGAGCACGGAGAAAGCUUAUGUUUAAUCGAAUUGAUCCUGAUUCGGUUUUCUUUAGCCAAGUUUUAUUCUCGAUUGGCUUUGCUAAACUCCCGCGAUCGUCAACUCCUGCUGACCUGGCACAUAAAAAUAAUAAUAAAGCUAGACGAAAACCUCUGCAGACCGGUCAAAAUCACGGGGAAUUACCGAUUAGAUUACUAGCUGAUGCAGAUAGUUUAUUCACGGUUUGGAAUAAUCUCACCAUUCACUACAAACUUCACGUACCAAAUCCACCUUCUCGUACACUAUCUUCUACAACAUUACUUGAUAAUCCAUCGUUAAACUCUUUUCCAAAAACUCCGCAUCAUCUUAGAAGGAGUUUUAGUAUUCAAAUUCAAGAUUCUUCUCUUUACGCUCCGUUAUUAGAUGUCACGAAUUCCGGUGAAGAAAGGCUGGUUUUUGAUGUGGAUGAAGGAAGCUAUGAGCAUUCAAUACGUAAAGUGGUACGGAAAGUUCCGGAUGUAAACGGGAAAUUUGGGGUUGUUUUAGUACAUGGUUUUGGCGGUGGGGUGUUCUCUUGGCGACAUAUAAUGGCGGUGUUAUCUCGACAAGUUAAUUGUGUCGUUGCCGCGUUUGACCGUCCUGGUUGGGGGUUGACUUCUAGACCGAGACGAGAGGAUUGGGAGGCGAAUAGAUUGCCUAAUCCUUACAUGCUUGAUACGCAGGUUGACAUGCUGAUUUAUUUCUGUAAAGAAAUGGGGCUUUCUUCUGUGGUGCUUGUUGGUCAUGAUGACGGUGGUCUUCUUGCAUUAAAAGCUGCACAAAGAGUCCGCUCAUCAGCAAACUCUGUUGAUAUCAAAAUUGAGGGGAUAGUAUUGCUUACAAUGAGCUUAACAAGAGAAGUGGUUCCGGGGUUGGCUAGAAUACUGAUGCGCACUUCGUUAGGGAAGAAAAACUUGGUUCAUUCUUUACUCAGAACGGAAAUUUGUCAAGUUGUUAACCGAAGGGCAUGGUAUGAUGCUACAAAACUAACAACCGAGGUUUUAAGCCUCUACAAGGCCGCACUAUGUGUAGAAGGCUGGGUUGAAUCGUUGUAUGAAAUCGGGAAGUUAUCAUCUGAUACGGUACUCACAGAACAAAACGCAUCCUUAUUGGUGAAAGCGGUUGAAGACACCCCGGUCAUGGUCAUUGCAGGAGCUGAAGAUGCCCUUGUUCCUCUUAAAUCUGUUCAAACUAUGGCAUCUAAAUUUGUAAAUUCUACACUAGUUACAAUAUCAAGUUGUGGUCAUCUUCCUCAUGAAGAGUGCCCUAAGGUGUUGCUUGCAACAAUCUUACCCUUCAUCACUAAACUGUCAAGUAAGGCAGAUAUAUAGUUUUUUUUAUUUUUUUUUUAUUUUUUUUUGUAUAAAAGUUUUGUAGGGGUGUUGAUAUUUUAGGGUUUGUAUUGUGGGGUUUAAUUGAAAAGGUUCUCUCUCUUGUUGAUUAUUGUAACCUAGUUUGAAGAGGACACAUCAUAUGUGAAUAAUUUUCAGAUUAUUUGGUUGAUUAUUUAUUAAUCAUAUGGUUUAAGCCAA